GCCCCCUCCGGGGGACCCCGACCCGCUGCCCACCCCCCCCCCCCCCCCCUCCGCUCCCCGCUUUUAAGCCCCCGGUGCCGGCGGGGAGCUCGGUGCGAGGCUCCUCCGGCGGCGAUGACCCCCUGCGCGCCGUGAGCACGGCCCCAGGUCAAGGAUGGUCCAGGUGAUGGGGGAUGCCGGCUGCUGGAUCCUGCUCGGGCUCUCCCUGCUCCCCAUCGCCGUGGUGGGCUCCCAGGACGAUGGGAAGGUGAUCCACAUCAACCGGGUGCAGCACCAGGCUGUGCACGCGGGGCUGGGGGAGCCCGUGGCCCUGCCCUGCCUCUUCCUGCUCCAGCCCUCCGCCUCGCUGGGGCCCAACGAGCCCCCAGACCCUCCCCGCGUCAAAUGGAGCAAGGUGCGCUCAGCCACCGGCCAGAGGGAGGACGUCCCCAUCCUGGUGGCCAAGGACAACGCGGUGAAGGUGGUGAAAGCCUACGAGGGCCGGGUGUCGCUGCCCGGCUACCCCCGCGACCGCUACAACGCCACGCUGCUGCUGCGCGCCGCCCGCGCCAGCGACGCGGGGCUGUACCGCUGCGAGGUGGUGGCCGGCAUCGACGAUGAGCAGGACCUGCUGCCCCUCGAGGUGACGGGCGUCGUCUUCCACUACCGCCCGGCGGGGGAGCGCUACGCGCUGACCUUUGCCGCUGCCCAGCGCGCCUGCCUGGACAACUCGGCCGUCAUCGCCUCUCCCCAGCACCUCCAGGCUGCCUUCGAGGACGGCUACGACAACUGCGACGCAGGCUGGCUGGCUGACCAGAGCGUGCGGUACCCCAUCACACUGUCCCGGCCCGGCUGCUACGGGGACCGCAACAGUCUCCCCGGUGUCCGCAGCUAUGGCCAGAGGGAGCCCGGUGAAUUGUACGAUGUCUACUGCUACGCACGGGAGCUGCAAGGGAAGGUGUUUUACGCCACGGCGCCGGGGCGGUUCACCUUUCAGGGGGCCCGGAGGCACUGCCGGGCCCAGGGAGCUUCAUUGGCCACCACUGGGCAGCUCUACCUGGCCUGGCGCGAUGGCCUGGACCAGUGCGACCCCGGCUGGCUGGCAGACGGCAGCGUCCGCUACCCCAUCAGGGUCCCGCGCAGGAAAUGCGGCGGUGAGGCCUCGGGCGUCAGGACCCUCUACCAGUUCCCCAACCGCACUGGCUUCCCCCAGCCGGCCUCCAAGUUUGAUGCUUACUGCUACAAAGCGGACACGCCGGAUGCCGGUGAUUCCGCCGCAGCGCACACGGGGCAGAAGGAGCAGGAGCUGCCCACGCCCGACCCGCCGGGCAGCGACAACGUGCUGGUGGAGCACGAGGAGGAGCGUGAGGACCCGGCCACAUCUGGGGACACCCCACGCGUCGGCCUCCUGCCACAGCCGGGGGCUGCGGGGCCGGGGGAGGAUGAGGAUGAGCAGCUGCGGGCGGUGAGCAGCAGCGUGGCAGCGUGGCGCGGUGACAUCCCCGGGGCCAACGGCACGGCCCUGCCGCCAGCCACCACCUCCUCUCCGGCGUGGCCCCACGAGGACGAAGCCCUCAACGUGGUGGACCAGGCGCCUGUGAGCACCUGGCAGGAUCCGGCCAGCAGCAGCCCAGCACCGCCAGUGCAAGAAGGCCCCAGCCCCGAGGAGCCCCCGGUUGCCCUGCUGCCGUGGUCCCAAAGCCCAGCCCAGGAGGUCACCAGCUCACCGACAGCACCGCCUGGCUUGGGGACAGUCCCUGGCACGGCAGCAGAGACCCCCAGCACCCUGCUGGGCAGCUCACGUGCCCCCAAAAGGAGCAGCUAUGCUGGGCUGAAUGGGCGCUACUUCCAGCUGCAGCAGCAGAGCCGGGACCCCCCAGUGGCUGAGGACCCCCCGGUGACUGGGGACCCCCCAGUGACUGGAGACCCCCCGGUGUCUGGGGACCCCACAGUGGCUGGGGAUCCCACAGUGGCUGGGGACCCCGUCGUGGCUGGGGACCCUACAGUGGCCGGGGACCCAGUGGGGACAGUCACGCAUGCCCCCAUCCUGGCCCUGGAGGUGAAGGGGGCUGCAGCCAACGCGGUGGAGACGUGGAGCAUCGCCCACACCGGUGCUGAGAGUCCCCCUGGGGGGGGUCCCUACCCGCUCUCCAACGAGGUGGAGGAUGAGAUCGGCCACAAGCUGCUGGCACCAGCCACUGCCCCGGUGCCCCCGUCACCGAGGGAUUCUCCACAGUGGAGCCCCCGCACGGCCCCGCGUGGUCCCGGGGGGGCUGCACGGACAUCCCUGCCACCAUCACCACCCACCCCCGUGGCUCCCCGUGGUGCUUCCAACCACCAGGAUGUCAUCGCAGUGCGGGCAACACCCCGUGGCCCCAGCGCCCGCGGUGACUCCCCCUGGCUGCCUGCGGAUGCCACCGAGGACUUCUCUGGGGACACCCCUCCCAAGGCGGACGGCGACCCCAUCCCACCACGGCCCCCGCUGCCCCCAGCCCCGCUGGUGGCCGAUUUCCCUGAAACGUCCCCGCAGCCCGGCGGUGAUGGCAGCGGGGCCCUGGGGGAAGGCUCACUGGAGAGGCAGAGGAAGGCAGUGGCCUCCCUCCACCUGCUCAUGGGGAUCCCUGGCACCACGGUGGCGGCUUCUCCCCAUCCCCAUCAGGGUGGGCUGAGCCCCACAGCUCCCCAGGGGACACCCGAAAUGGGGGCUGAACCUGGCCACGAGCACCCAGCCGUGUACGGGGAUGCGGGGACAGGGACGGCUGAGCCGAGGGACGAAGCAGCCGUCACCCCCGUGGCACGGGACGUCCCCUCACCUUCACCCACGGCCGGCGAGGUGACCCCACGGGCUGGCUCCGAGUGGCCAGCGGAGGGCACAGGGGAGGCAGAGGACGGGUCCGCGGGUGCCCCACGACCUGUGAGCCCCACGGCGCCGGAGCUGGAGGGAGCCGAGCAUCUCCUGCACCCCCCAGCCCCCCGGCAGCCCCCCAGCCCCAGCGAGGAGGACACCUCGGGGGAGGCGAAGAGGGAAGACCCCCCCACCCUGGCCAGCCACCCCUCAGCUCCCACUGACACCCCCUGGCCGUCACCCACCGCCCCCCACCCAUGGGUGCCGGAGGUGCCCGGCUCCCCGAGCGCAGAGCCGCUCUUUGAGCCGUCCACAACGGGGGGGCCCGGGGGAGCCCCGCUGCUGGAUGUCGACAGCGGGAGCGGCGAGGAGCCCUUGCUGGAAGAGAGGGAGCUGCUGGCUUGGACGGGCACCGACAACACCAGCCGGCACGCUCCGGCCGACCCGUGCCAGAACAACCCGUGCCUGCACGGCGGGACCUGCCACGCCAACGGCUCCGUCUGCAGCUGCAGCUGUGCCCAGGGCUUCACCGGGGAGAACUGCGAGAUCGACAUCGACGACUGCCUGUCGAGCCCCUGCCAGAACGGCGGCACCUGCAUCGACGAGGUCAACUCCUUCGUCUGCCUCUGCCUGCCCAGCUACGGGGGCAGCCGCUGCGAGAAAGACACGGAGGGCUGCGACCACAACUGGCACAAGUUCCAGGGCCACUGCUACCGCUACUUCGCCCGCCGGCGCUCCUGGGAGGACGCGGAGCGGGACUGCCGCCGCCGCGCCGGGCACCUCACCAGCAUCCACUCGCAGGAGGAGCACGGCUUCAUCAACAGUUUCGGGCACGAGAACACCUGGAUCGGGCUCAAUGACAGGAUCGUGGAGCAGGACUUCCAGUGGACCGACAACACCGGCUUGCAAUACGAGAACUGGCGGGAGAACCAACCCGACAAUUUCUUCGCGGGCGGCGAGGACUGCGUGGUGCUGGUGUCCCACGAGAUCGGCAAGUGGAACGACGUGCCCUGCAACUACAACCUGCCCUACAUCUGCAAGAAAGGCACAGUGCUGUGCGGGCCCCCGCCGGAGGUGGAGAACGCCUUCACCGUGGGGAAGAAGAAGGAGAAGUACAGCAUCCACUCGAGCGUGCGCUACCAGUGCGAGGAGGGCUUCACCCAGCGCCACAUCCCCACCAUCAAGUGCCACAGCAACGGCAAGUGGGACCGGCCCAAAAUCCUCUGCACAAAACCCAGGCGGUCGCACCGGGCGCGGCGGCACCACCGGCACCGCCACAGCCACCCCCACCACCAGCACCACCACCACAAACCCCGCAAGGAGCGGCGAAAACACCGCAAGCACCUCCGGCUGGACUGGAUGGAGGAGGGCCACUACUUCUAGAGCCGGCGGGGGAGCAGCAAGCACAAGGGCCCCCGCGGGCGCCCCAGGACCAGCCGUCUCUGGGAUGGGACGUGGUGACGUUUCCUGACCCCUUUCCCUCCCACCCACCCCUCUUUUAUAACCCCCCUUUGCUUUAGCUCCUAGGAUGCCCGGCCCUGUAGGGAAUAGGAUCGGGCGGGGGCGGCAGCGUGUGCGUCCCCAGCCCUCCCCGCAUGCCCCACGCUCAGUCCUCGACCCCGUGGUGCCGUGCCCGCACCCCGGGGUCGAGCCCCCAGCCCCGCACGGGGACCCCCAAAUCCCCGUGGAGCCCUGGGGGGGCUGUUCUGCAGCUGGCUGAUUGCCCCUGCUGGGGUCUGGUCCCCUCCAGGUUUUGGGGGGGGUCAUGCAGCAGCCCCCCACCCAUCACCCCGACUGCCCUUGGCCAUCGCAUCCCCUUGGAUGGCUCCAGUUUUUUAACAGCCUCCCCGUCUUCCUGCCCCAGCCGGUGUCCUCAGCGCCCCGGUCCUGCCCACGGGGUGUCCCCACACCCGGCACGGGGUCCCCGUUCCUGCCCUGCCCUGGCUCGUGGGGCUACCCCGCACCAGGGCCCUCCCGGCUGGUUUUGGGGUUGGAUUUUCCCUUUUCCGUUCAUUGUCGGUUCCCCGUUGGAGUUGGCGUGUGUGUGUACGGCGCUUUCUGAUCUCUGCUGUUUGCGACGUGACUGCCGUGUCCCGUUCCCCUUCUCCCCCUCUCCUCCUCCGUGGCAUUUCUGACUCUCUGCGUUUCUGUACUGCUGGACAUUUUAAUAAAUUUUUUUAACAGUU